GAUAAGUACGUGAGAGGAAAGAGCAAGGCUCUGGUGGAAGGACCCGUGUUAGCAUCCCAUUUGAGGACAUGAAGAGGUCCAGUGACAAGCUCUUCUGCUGCAGGUGGGCGCGCCGCAGGGUUCCCGCGACCCACAGAGACGAGCUGUACCACAUCCUGAGAAUGACAGGGCCUCUGCUGCUCUCGAGAAUCCUCAACUAUCUGCUUCCAUUUGUGGUCACGAUGUUCUGUGGACGUCUGGGAAAUGAAGUGAUGGCCGGUUAUGGAUUAGCUUCUGCUACCAUUAAUGUUACAACGGCAGCAACAGGGUACGGUCUGGGACUGGCAUGUGACACUUUGGUGUCUCAGACAUUUGGUGGAAGGAACCUCCUGCGGGUGGGGGUGAUCCUCCAGCGGGGCAUCGCCAUCCUGCUGCUGUUCUGUCUGCCCUGCUGGGGUCUCCUCAUCAACGCCCAGCCCAUCCUGUUAUACCUGGGCCAGGACCCCAAGGUGGCCAGAAUAGCUCAGCUGUAUAUCACAGUCUUCCUCCCUGCUGUACCAGCAAUGUUCCUACACCAUCUUCAGGUGUCCUACCUGCAGAACCAGGGAAUAAUUCUGCCACAAAUGUACACUGCAGCGAUGGCAAACGUUGCAAACGUGGUGACCAACUACAUCUUUCUCUACUGGCUGGAUCUGGGUGUGAGUGGUUCCGCAGCAGCCAAUACUCUGUCUCAGAUUUACAUCUGUGCGUUUCUGUUUGCUUACAUCCGGUGGAAGAAGCUCCACGUAUCAACAUGGGGAGGCUGGUCUGUGGAAUCACUGCAGGAAUGGGGCUCCUACAUGAAGCUGGCCAUUCCCAGUGCACUGAUGAAAUGCUUUGAGUGGUGGGUGUUUGAGUUUGGGGGAUUCUUUGCAGGAAUGCUGAGUGAAAAUGAACUGGCAGCCCAACAUGCUAUGAUGAUGGUGUCAGUCAUAACCUACAUGUUCCCUUUUGGUAUUCAAGCUGCAGCCUGUGCUCGGGUGGGCAAUGCUCUCGGGGCAGGGGACAGCGCCAGGGCCGUCCUCAGCAGCAAAGUGGCUCUCGCUCUGGCAGGAAGCAUUGCAGUGGUUGAAGGCACUGUGCUCGGCUGCACUAAAACAGUUAUUGGCUGCAUCUUCACCUCUGAUGAGAAAAUUAUUGGUUUGGUUUCACAUUUGAUGACUGCUUACUGCUUCCUUCAGUUCUUCGAUGGUCUUGUGUCUGUGUGCACAGGCAUCUUCCUGGGCACGGGCAAACAGAAGAUACCAGCGGUGGCUAACUUCAUCGGAUACUACUGCAUCGGGCUCACACUGAGCAUUACUUUGAUGUUUGUGGCAAAACUGCGAGUCUUAGGGUUCUGGCUGGGGCUGCUCGUUUGUGUCAUCUUACAGUCCACCUUCUACAUCACUGUCAUCUUCAAGAUGAACUGGGAGAGGAUGGCUGAGGAGGCUGUGAAACGAGCUCAAAAAAACACUAACGUGUCGACAUCAGGUGAAAGCACAACAGACCAGACAGUAAAUACCAGGAAUCAGGUCGACGGCUACACGUCUGUGAGGACCGAGUGUCCCGAUGGCGUGACGGAGAGGGAGGGUGAACCUGCAGCCCAGCAGCCGAAGGGGAGACGUCUGUCCACCACCCAGCUGAUCGUCAGACGGGGGCUCACCAUGUGUGCAGCCGUCCUCCUCCUAGCCGUCGGAGCUGCUGUGCACUUCCUCGUGCCUCUGCCAGAGACUCCAUCCUCCAGUAACUUCACCCUGGACCAGAUCAACACUACAUACACACCCGGCCAAACGCUCUCCACUGUGCUGCUUCCAAAUGAAGAAUCAUAGUGUGUGAAAGACAUUCACAAUGUGACUGGUUAAUGUUUUCAACACACUGAUAAAAUGUGCUUGAAGACAGAUUACUUAUAGAUGAACAUUUUAAUUCUUUACAGGACACUUUAAAAAAAAAAUUACAAAUUUGAACAUUUUAAUUCAAAAGUAUUGUGAAUUAUAUUUUGCACUGCACUGUGGUAACAAUUUGACAAUUAACUAUCUCCUUUUUUUUUUUUAAUAAAUUAUACAUGGACUAAAUGCUCACACUUAAAAGAGUGCCUUCACUUCAUUGACUGUGGAUUCAAAUCAUG